CGGCACGGCGUGCGGCUUCGGAUUACACAACCAAGAACUACGAACGGUUUUCCGGAUAUUUACCGUAUUUACCAAAUUGGGAUAACGUUUCCCAAACGCAUUUAUAAUUACUUCCAACCACCGGACUGUGUUCUAGUCUUAUCACACACACACGCAACGCAUCAUGGACGUUUCGCUCGAGAAUCUAUCAUCGUCACAGAAGGAUGAGCUGAUGACCACAAUCAAGCAGAAGAUUGCGAUAGCCAACGCUCAGGAACUAGUCACCAAAAUGACGGAAAAAUGCUUCAGAAAAUGUGUUGGCAAACCCGGCCAAGAUUUGGAUGGAUCAGAACAGAAAUGCAUCGCCAUGUGCAUGGAUAGGUUUAUGGACUCAUGGAAUGUCGUUUCGAGAGCAUUAACUCAACGUUUACAACAGGAACAGUACAAGGGAUAAGGCCAAUCAGCAUGUCGGGGUUCCCGUGUUAC